CACUGGACCACACUGGACUGGAGUAGAUGAGCUGCAGCCUGCGCUGGCGCGCCUCGUCUCGAUUGGCGGCAAUUGGCGGUGCGGGUCGCUCGAUAUCGCCGAGGAGCGCUCGAGACGUAUCGCGUACCCGAUAAAGGAUGGUUAAAUUGAACGCAAGUGUUCAUCCGAGUUUGUCAGAGAUAGUGACUGAGAAUUUACGGCGAAGAAAUGUAGUCACGGUCGUGGAUUUCGUCUCGACGGAUCCGAUUAAAUUGGCAAACUUCACCGGUCUUUCGCACAUGGAUAUAUUACAAGUGAAGCAGCACAUGUUGAAAAAAUUCGGCGGCGUGAAGAAAAAUGCAACGCAAUGCCUUGCGAUAGAACGUAAUCAUAUAAUUCCGACUGGCGUGGAUAGUUUAGAUGAAUUGCUGAAAGGUGGUCUGUAUUCUGAACAGUUAUGUGAAUUAUGCGGGCCCUCAUCUUCUGGAAAGACUCAAUUAUGUUUCACGAUAGCAAUUAACGUUGUCAGGUCGGAUGGCGUUGUAUGGUAUUUUGACACAAAGAGAGAUUUCUCCAGGUUGCGAUAUGAAGAGAUUAUGAAGGCAAGGAAUUUCAAUAAAAAGGUCAUAGAAGAUGCAUUGCGUAUCACAAAGAUUUGUCGUGUCAAUUCCUCUUGCGAAUUGAUACGAGCCCUGCGACAAUUGGUAACUCUUUGCAAACAGGAGCAGAAUGGUACGUCUUCCGAGAGAAGAAAGGUCCUUGUAAUCAUCGACUGUUUACCAGCAGUUAUUUUUAAGGUAACGCGAAACACGCAACAAACUGAUUUCGAGACAACUUACGAGCUCGAUGAUCUGGCCGAAGUAUGUCGAUUCCUCAUGAAAGAAUGCCAAGCAAUUGUAAUUACUGUAAAUUCAGUCACCCGAUGGACGUCUCCAGGGCAAACAGAAUUCGCCGAUAUAACACCAGCAUUGGGAAAAUAUUGGUCAAAAAUACCAACUACAAGAUUGCUGAUAACGAGGCAAUAUGAUGAAAUUCGAAAGAUUAUCGUUUGGAAGGAUCUAAGAUUAAAGGAAUACUCAUUCUGUAUUGUAAGUGUAAAUAAUAGUGGAAUCACAUCACAGUAAGUCGUGGUCAAAUCAGUAUUUAUAUUAACUAAUUGUUACGUUAUAAAAUAUUUGUUAAAUUAUUAUAAUAAUUGUUAUAAUCGAUGUUUUUAUCAAUUAUUUUCUAUAAUAAAUAUUUUUUAUAUAUUUUAUUGUAUAUCUUAUAUGUUUCCCAUAUACAGUGAUUAUAUUCAAUUGAUGAUCGGUUUUACAUCUCAACAAAAUUCUCGCAAUUCAACAUUUUAACUAUAUAUAAUGUAUAUAUUCUAUAUACUUUAUUUUCUGAGAUAAUAGAUGUCAAUAAUUUGCUCCCAUAAUCAACUUUUUUAUUAUUAUAUAACAAAUUGUUUGGUAGAAUUACUUUAAUUCUAAAUAUGAAAAUCCGAACAAGUUACUUUAUCUUCAAUGCAUAAAUGUGCAUCUUUCAAUAUACUAUAUAAUGCAAGUUUAAGAGCAGUCAGCGUUUACUUAUCUGAGAUAUGACAAAUAUUACAAAUCUUGC